CGGGCGGCGCGGGGCGCGCCCCCCCCCUGCAUGAGCGGGGCGCCGCCCGCGGCCGUCGCGAGUGCCGAGGGCCCCGCUGCAGCCCCCGCGGGCGCGGAUGCCCCCGCGGGGCCCUGCGAGGACCCGCCCGCGGGCCCACCCGCGGCGCCGGCGGCGGCCGCGGGCGCGGGCGGCGAGGCGCGGCCGCCUCGCCUGCGAGUGGUGGUCGGCACCUCGGAGAUGGCCCGGUUGGACCGCGGCCUUGCCGCGCGCAUUGCCGACGUGGCCAACCGCGCCAACGGCUACCAGCGCUUCUCCGAGGGCGAGGUGCGGGGCCGCCUCGCGAAGGGGGACGCGGGGCGGGACGCGAACCGCGUCCUGCACAUCGCGCUCCGCGGCGAGAGGGUCGUGGGCUGCUGCUCGUCGACCUUGCAGGUCGGCUGGGGCGCUGGCGGGGGUCACUGGGGGGCGCUGGCCGUGGACCCGGCCGCCCAGGGCACCGGCGUGGCGACGGCGCUGGUUGCCGCAGCGGAGCGGCGGCUGCUCGACCACGGCUGCACCAGCGUGCAGAUAGAGUACCACUACCACCCUGGCGAUGCCGACUCGGAGCGGCUGCGAGGCUGGUACGAGGGCAAGCUGGGCUUCAGGGGCAGCGGCAGCGGCUUCCGGUGCGCCCGGAAGAGGCUCUCCGAGAGCACCGUGGCCCGGCUCCCUGCGGAGGACCUGCAGACUGGGCCGAGCGUGGUGUUCGGCAGCGGCGGCGCCAGCGGCAACAGGCUCUUCGCCGAGGAGGGCGCCUCUUCCGAGGCCGCCCGAGGCGGAGGCUGCCCAGGGCUGCAGGUCCGCGGCCCGGCGUGCAGCUGCCUGGUGCUCUGACGCCCGCGCAGUGGCGCUCGGGGCGGCCCGGCUGCCACGGGUACGCGAGGUAUCAAGACGGAGGUGGACUCGUGGAGCGGACGGGGCUCAUCGAGGCCCUCAGGCCGCUGGCCGUGGACGCCCAGCCGCCCCCGGCCCAGGCCGCGGCGGCGCCUUCGUCGGGACCGGGCAGGCCACCACCGGCGCCCAGGCCGAAGGCCCCGGCGCGGGCGAAGGACUUCCUGGCUGGGGACCCGUUCACCCGGGAGGAGCUGGACGGCCUCACGGCGGGGAAGCUGCGGACGCUGUGCAUCCAGCGGACCGCAGACCUCCUGAGCUUCGCCGCACUCUCUAGUCUCCGCGUGUUCAGGUGGGCAGGGUCGGCAGGCGGUCGGCUCCAGGCGCACGUGGAGCACCCGGAGGGGCUGGCUGCAGAUCACCAAGGCGUGGAGUUCGAACCGAGCCCCGACGACAAGGCGCUCGCUGAUGCGAUCACCAAGGGCCACGUCUGGUGGCUCGUUAACGAGGCCAUGCCAGACACAGAGGCAGUCAUGAUAUCAGAGUGGCGCAAUUCGGACAACAACACGUCGCAGGUGAAACACGAGAUUGAGCACGUACGCGGAUUGCAACGCAUUUGCUUACGAGAGAUGUCGGUCAGUAAGUCUGUUGUGCUAUCGACUGUCGUCUCGAAGGCCUUGGCCAGCAUGCAGGUGAAGGUUGUCAACACCCAGAUGCUCGCGCUCGCCAGGUACGUGGUGGACUUGGGCGCGAAGGAUCUCAUCGACGAGCUGUGCACUUUCCACAGCGCCGAGGUCAGCCAUACUGUAUACGAUGAAGUGAACAAGUCCAUUCCGAACAAGUACCCCCUGCUCAGGCUGAACUUGAUGACAUUGGCUUACGACUCCACGAACGCGUUGCCACAGAUCCGCCCAACCCCCGACGUAGCGGACUUCGUGAAGGUUGGUGAUAUCAAGUCGCUCGGGGGCAGGGAUGACGAGUGA